AUGCAUCGAAUUCGAAAUAUUGAAGAAAAAAUUGGUUCAUAUGUUGAAGAUAUGGCAGUCACAGCACUACAAAUAGUUAAAGUUGUUUCAGUAGCUGUUAGCAAUCAAGCUAAAAAUUUCAAUGAGAAAGUACUUGAAUCUGAAGAACAAGGAUUAGCCGAUGAACAUGGUUAUACACAUGGUGGUAAACGAGAAAAAAUUGUUAAACAUUUAAUGGGAGUAGAUAAGUAUGAAGUUGGUGGACACUUUAUCGAUAGACAUAUGCUGAAUCCAAUGCGUACAAAUCAUGAUAAGGAUAAUCCAUUGAGAUUCCACAGCAACUUAGACGAUAAAUAUUCAUAA